GGGGCGGGGCUAUGUUUCCUACCCUCCACCGCCACUUUCAGAGUGUGCUUGUAGCAGCUAGGAGGCUGCUCAGGUUGCAGCAACAGUACAAUUUGUCCAGUUAAAAGUUGUUCUAUCACUGAAAUAAUUUUAGAGACAUUAUUUAAAGGUAAAAAAACUACAUAGUGUUGCUUUAAGAUCCAACCGUAAUAAAGCAAAAAAAAAUGUAGGUGUGUGUUAUAAUUUGAAACCAAAAUAUAUCCUGUUUAAAUAAUGCAGGUCUGUGUAAUAUAAGCAUUAUGGUAACAGAAUCUUGGGAAACCUGUGAGUACGCACACACUUAUGUAUACAUGUACAAGCAACGCUACACGUGUAAGAAGGUAAGUUUAUAGAGGUUCGCCUCUGACUGUACAUACAGACCGUCUUUCAUUUUUCUGCUUCACAACGUAUCUUCAUUAAAAGGUGAUCUGACAGGUCCAUUAUGUGGGCAUGGGCAUUGCUACCUGUUACCCUGGCAGUGUUUGGGACUAUUGGCCUUUGGGUUGUAUAUGGCAUAGCUGUGUCCAAUAACACAGUUAAUAUAACGGAAGAAUUUCCUUACAUCAGCACAUGUGGCUCGUACAACCCCCAAAGUUGUCUGUUUUCUCAAAUCUGCAACAUAUGCUGCAUGCUAGCUCUGUGGAUCAUCUCAAUCAGAUUUCAACAGAUACGGGAUUUUGGCUGUGCAUCCCGAACAAACACAGCCGGUCUGGUGAUUGGCUUCAUCUCCAGCAUUGGUAUUUCUAUUCUUGGGAACUUCCAGCCAUCAGUACUGCUGGGAGUUCAUCUGCUGGGGGCAGCCUUGGCCUUCUUCCUGGGUUUGGUUUACUUCUGGAUCCAGACAUGGCUUACCUACAGUGCCCAGCCGUCACGGGACCGGCGAUGGGUGGGGCCAGUACGCAUCAUUCUCUGCAGCAUGUGCACAUGUUUGGUCGUCUGCAUGGUCGUUCUGCAUAUCACAGGGUAUCGCUCUGAGGCCGCCAUAUGCGAAUGGGCUCUGGUUAUGUGCUUCUUUGCACUUUUUGGGGUCUUUGCGGCUGAAUUCAGACACAUUGAUCUCCAUAAGUUGACCGUACAGAAGGAGGGAAUGAAACAAGCAAACGAGGGAAAUAGUGUGUGGACACUGCAGGAAAGUCAAUGAAAAGUGGCCAUUUUUUAGAUGUGGACAAUGGUGGCUGUUGGAAUCAAACACACACAAACUGCAAAGAACUAACCAUAUGGUUAAGGACCACAAAAAACAAUGUUUACGGUUUCUACUAUCACUUAGAACUUUUACAAAGUAAAUUAUAUGUUGCAUAACUUAUUCAUUAACACAUUAUUGCCAAAAGUGUACAGGGUAGCAUCUAUUUCAGUAAUACCUUCAGCAAUACCUCAGACUUGCCGUCUUGGGCUUUUUUAUAGCAGUAAGAAGUUUCUGUCUUGUUUACAUAUUGUAGUUUUCGAAGUAUUGCGAUUUUAUUUGUCAGAAGAUCAUCAUAACGCUGUUUCUGAAUGUAAAUAAACCUUUACAUCAAAAAUCUGCAGUUAUAAUGAACUUUACAAUAAAGAGAAAGAGUAAGAAAUGAAAGCAAUACCCUUAAAGAUACCUGCUAAAAAACAGCAUAUACCAAUAUGCUGAUAACCACCAGCUAAACCAGAACCAAACCAGCAUGGGAAUUAUGCUGGUGGUCUCCAGGAAGCCAGCAACAAAACAAAACAUACGCUGGUCUUGUUGGUAUGCUAUUUUUUCCCAUAGACAGUAAAAGAAAGGUUUUUCCAGCUGUUCUAAAUUCACUGUAAACCACAGCUUCACAUGGUUUAGUACUUUUAAGCGUUUAUUUCCAUUUAUAACACGGGGCUGUUGAAUGCUUUAUUCUGAUUGGUUGAGAAAUGUUGUGAUAAGGGGAAUAAUUGACUCUGGCCCUUUGAAUUAUUAAAAAAUAAUGCACACCCAAGGUGGUA